GCAUAAAUGCCGUGGUAUACAAAAAAUGCUUUUCUUAAAACUGUAUGAAGGCUAAAUUUAUAAAUCUUAGUAAUAAUAUCUUUAAAUCACUGUUCGAGAAUGGACAUUACAUUUCACCUUUUUGUUGGACUAAAAACUCAAAGACACUACUACUCAUCAUAGACAAUUUUCAAAUCUGCCCUGAACACCACUAAUUCAGCAUAGAAUAAUUACUUUUAUUUCUUUUAUUAUCUUUUCCUAAGUAUAUUGGUACAUAUUCUAAAUGGAGGAUGAAUAUAAACAGUAUCAAAGCCAACUCGCGUUAGUAAAAAUAUCCCUCGAAAAAGACCCAGAUAAUCAAGAAUUGCUUGCUUUAAAGAAUGAUUUGGAAGAACUAGUUGACCUGACAGGAGAAGUAAUAAACGAAAAAGGUCAAGAAACCCAAAAGCAAACAAAACUGGAAGAAAAUGGAUUCUCAGCGGUCGACUCAAAAUCUAUGGCGAACGCUCAAAAUUUAGAAUUUUUUCCUGGUGACUUGGUAAUGGCAAGGUGGACUUCAGGAGAUUAUGCAUUCUACGCUGGAAAAAUAACAGCCGUAUCAGGAUACGGCCCGAACAAAAAGUAUACGAUUCAAUUUUUGGAUUACCCUGAAGUAGAAACAGUGUCUUCUAAGAACGUAAAGGCAAUGCCGGAAGCAAAACGCAGGAAUAUGCUUGUCAUGUCAAGCUCUUUGAACAAGGCUCCUCGUGCUGGCUUUUCUCCGAAUCCUACAGUAUCGAUGGCUCCUUCUCGAAGUAUCUCGCCAAUGGCAAAUUCCAGAAUUCAUCCUUCUAUAGCUUCUCCGGAACGUGCGUUUUCUCCAGCUACUGCGGCAGGAGCCGCAAAGGUUGCACCAGUAGGUUCAUUCCAUACCGCUUCCAAACCUCCUCCUCCCACCACUGUUCCUGAACCUCCUGCUAUUUCUACGCCUCCUCCCCCUAUUGCACAAAAGCCAAAGACGCAACUUAAACCCAAUGCUGCUCUGGAGGCCUCUAAAAACUCUUGGAAACAAUUUGCCUCGCGAGGUGUAAAAACGGGCCGUGUCGGUAAACGGAAAAAAAUAGGAGAGACUAGUAUGUUCCGUAGUCCUGAAGACGCUGCUGCUCGAGUGGGAUUCAUGGGCAACGGUCGAGGAGCCACCAAACCGGCUUCUCGAGAAAAACAUGUGUAUAACUAUAAAGAAGAUGAGGAUUAUGAAUAAAUGAAGAUAGCAUGUUUACUUGUAACGCAUG